CUGCAGUCAACCCUCGAGCUGACUUCUAGCAGCAGUAUGUUGCGUACACGGCUUAGCUGACUAUCCGGUUUGAUAGUCCCAUGACGCAGUCCAUUUGAGAUGUCCGAAAUCCGUAACUACAAUCAAAGUCGACCCAAGAGCGAGGGUGGAAGUGAUUACGUCUGGAAGUAUGAAUAUUAUGAUUACGACGAGCCGGUGUCUUUCGAGGGACUCAAGGCUCAUCGAUACUCCAUCGUCAUCGGCUUCUGGGUGGGACUCGCGGUGUUCGUCAUCUUCAUGUUCUUUGUUCUCACCCUGCUGACCAAGACAGGGACCCCACACCAAGAAAACCCAGAGCUGUGUGAGAAACGCCACCGCCUGGGGAACUGCGUAGUGGACAUCCGCUGUCCACAGGAGAACUCCCUGGGCAACGAGGACAAGGCCUUCUCACGCCCCCUUCUGGACGAAUCACACUCCUUUUUCCACUUCUACAUCAGCGAGGAGGAGCAGGGCAGAGGGAGCCAGGGAGCGCGUGGAGGAGGAGCAGGGUGUCGUGGCGGGUCGCAGAGGGCCCGCGGGAGGCUGGGCGGUGACAGCUCCUUCGGUUUGGAGGAAAUGGGAGAGAUGAGCGAGGCCGAGGAGAGGGGGGACGGCGGUGUCAACUCCCAGGGACGACCAGAAGAGGAAAAGUCGGAGAGGGACAACCGUUUCCUGUCGCAUCACUUUGACAUUCCCAACUUUGUGAACUCGGAGCACAGCUCAACGCUGGGAGACGAUGAUCUGCGGCUUAGUGAGCCGCCCGUCUUCCGGGACAGCCAAUCGAGCAGUCAGGACAGCCGGAACGUUGUCAGUUGAGGCGACGCCCAACUGCAGAGACUUCUGUCAUAUCAUUGGAGAUUUUCUGCAGGUGAAUUGGAAUACAGAUUACAAACUGCAUCUGCUAUAUCCACAGUUAGUCUCUGUUAUGCUACUUUCUGGACCAAAGUUGCACAUUCAUUAGCUAUCAGAUUGUGUUUAGUGGGGCGCACAACGUUGAUUAUACAACCCUGUUUCCAAAAAAGUUGGGACGCUGUGUGAAAACAGAAUGGGAUCAUGUGCAAAUCAU